CUACUUGAAAAGCGGUUUACUGUACUUCCAACUUCUUAAUAUCAUUACAGUUCUACUGUCCUGCAUAUCCUACUAUUCUGUUUUUUAUAGAGUUUCUCUAUUACUAUAAGAUAUUAUUAAAGUUAUUCAUGUGUGUGUAUGAGGAAGAGAGAGAGUGUGUGUAUGUAUGUUGUGUCUACUUGCCCGCCCUUGACUGUAGGAGCGUGUGUGUGUGUGUGUGUGUUUUUAGCACUCCUCAGCUCGUACACUUCUUUUUGACUUUUUUGACUAUUACUGCUCUUAAAUUGCUCGUAAUUCCAAUCUGUCAAUGUCCGCCUAAUCCCGCUUCUAUGUCUCUAGGUGCCCGUUUUUCCUUCUUCUCCCUUUUGCUGGAUGCUAGGUCUCCCUUAUGUUUAUUUUAUGACAUUUUUUAUCCACAACAGUACCCAGUAAAAUAAGUAAAAACAAACAUACACUUUGGGCUUUUAGUUUCAUAUUUAAAAGAUUUUAAAAGUUUUAAAGUUUUAAAAUUUCACUUAAAAGUUUAAGUGAAUUUAAAAUAAUUCACUUAAACUUAAAGCAUUUAAGUAAUAAUUAGCAUUUUUGUAUAAAAAUCAUAGGUUUAUUUUUGACAUAUUUACUGAACCACUGAAUCAUUUAUUUUUUCAGUUUACACAUUGUGCCGUACAUUGAUUUGAUAAAAUUUAUUAGGAAGUUCUUAUUUUUUCUUUUUUGAAUAGAAAGUCAAGAACACAUGCAUAUUGUGCACGAAUGUGUUUGUCUACUUUGUUUUCCUUUCCCCUUAAAGCUGAUACUCUACAUGAGCAAAAAUUAUGCAAAUUAUUUUUCCUUUGUAAAAUUGUAUGCCAUGAAAACGGACAUAUAUAUGGAAAAUAUUAUAUAGAGAUAACUUACCAAACUUGUGCCCAAUAUUUCCACUAUGUACAAUAAUUAACUGAAGCCUUAUUUCUUAAUUUCUUAAAUUUGUAUUUCUUCAUUUCUUUCAUUUGUUCUACCAGCUGACUGCUGAACACAAGACAUUCAUUCAUUAAUAAUGACAAUGCAAGCAGAACAGAAAAGCCUCUUUUUUGUCACCUGGAACACAAAUGGUAUUAGAGAUACCAGGAAGUCACCACAAAAGUUCUCAAACAUUUUUAAGAGCCUUCGUGACCUUCAGGCUGAUAUUGUCUUUAUACAAGAGACACAUGUUGGGACAGACUGUUACAAAAUCUUAGAAGAUGUUCCAGGCUGGAAAGUCUUCUUCACUGUACACAACUCUCGCAGUAAAGGAGUCGUAAUACUGAUAAAAGACAAAGUAAAAUUUGAGUACAUAUGCCAUGAUGAGGACUUCAGUGGAGGUUACAUUGUGCUCUUCUGUCGACUGCAUCAUGAACUGUACACUCUUGUUAACGUGUACAAUAAUAAGUCAGACAGAAAUGUCUUGGGUAGAUUGAAAGACUAUUUAAUGGAAACAGCUGAGGGUGUGCUAGUGGUUGGAGGUGAUUUCAACACAGUUUUGCAUCCCUGCUUUGAUCGGAGAUCUUUAAGUUCUAAUGCAAGACAUUCACAAUUCAGAGCUUUUUUAGAAGAUUUUACUGUUUCUCUCAAUCUCAGAGACACCUGGUCAUACAAACGUCCUACUGAUGAGGGCUUUACACGGCGUCAGAAUGACAGUCACUCCAGAAUAGACAUGUUUUUCCUGCCAGAGCACAAAUUGGGACGGGUGUGUAAAAUUAAUGUAGCUGAAGCACAGGGUGUUUCUGAUCAUUAUCCUCUUGUACUAGAACUCACAGUUCAGCAGAGAACUGAAACAAACCUCCCAAAUGUUGCCUUAAAGCUGCCAAAGCCUUUUAAAUACACACCAGAUAGAAGACCAGGGAAGAUUAGUGGGGCAGAAAUAUUGAGUGCCAUUAAAUCUUUGACUGACUUAAAAGAGUACUCACUUGAUAUGAAGGAUGUGAAGUCAUAUAAAAAGCGCCGCUGUCAACUGACUGAGACCUUAAAAAUCAAAUACAAUUCAAUGAUAGAGAAUAAAGCGGAAGGAGAGAGAAACACCUUGGAGUAUUUGAUAUUCUCUCAAAUUUUGGCAAAGCGUCUCAAUGCAACUAUUUCCCCUUCUUUCAAGGGAAAGAUAGCGACAAAACAUUAUACAUUUUCCACUGUGAAAUUUGAGGCAGGCCCACAGAAAAUCAAGUGGUCUUUCCUAGAGAUAAAACUUAAGAAUCUACAACCUGGGGUGAAGAAGCCAAAACAGAGUCCUUCUGCCCCCCCACCAGAGUUUAGCAUUCUGGAACAUUUUAUGGAUUGCCUUCUCCCUAAAGACCAAAGCUCUUCUGAACUCAGACUUUUGGAGCCUGGGUGUCCGCUCACCAAUGCUAUCUUCAAUCUGGCUCUGAAUGAGCUAGAAGCCAUAGUUUUACGUAAUUUUUGUAAGGGCACUAUUUGCUAUCAAAGACAGGUUCUGCGUGUCCAUACACCCCCAAUCACAUCUGAUUUUGUGGAUUUUUUCAUAAAUGUUUUCAAGAAGCAGUCAGGACUUAAAAUAAGUAUCUCACAACAUCCAGACUAAGUGGUCUUAAAAUAAGUUACUUCACAGAAUUAAUUCUGUUUUAGUUUUAUAUGUUAUAGUAGUUGCAAUUAUUUGUUCCCAUAUUAUUAAUUUUGAUGGCUGACAUGAUUGCAAAUGUGCUCACAGCCAGUAAAGAAAGAUGACAAUUGUCGACGAAUUAUGAUCAAGGCUUAUUGUUUAGGCCUAUAGGUCAAGUACCCUUUUUUCUUAAGCAUGGGAAAAAUAAACAUGGGUCCUCAUACAUGUAAUUUAUCUCAUUUUUAAUAUACACACUAAUAAUAUCACUAACUUGAGUUUUUUUUUCUUUGACAAAAUAUGGGCAAGAUUAGUUAUAUGCUUUCUUUAAAAGGUAAUAAGAAACUGGUCACAGUACUAAUAUCUUCAUAUUUAGAUUUCUGUAAUGCUGUACUAAAUUACAAAACAAAUGUAGCAGCAGAUGUUUUAACAAGUUAGCAUUAAUUUUUAAUUUUUUUAUUUUUUUUGUAAUGGAGCCAGAGGUGAUUUAUUAAAGAAAAUGGGUAAAAACUACACAUACUACAGAGUACAAAAUAUGGUUAAUUAUGGUACAAUGCAGACUUAAGUAAGCAUAAGUAACUCUAACUUUAGUAACUGUAUUUUGGAACUAUACUUAAGUAUUGUUUUGGGGCAUUUAUAGUUAACUUGAAUAUUAUACAAAUUACAUACCUGUACUCUUACUUAUCUACAUUAGAGAAGAAAACAAUUUUUUCCUCCAUUUUUAUUGACAACUUCAAAGUACUCAUUACAAAUCUCUUCUCUCAUCUAGUCAAUGAUUGUAUGCUAUAUAUCAGGAGAAGGGGCUUACAUACAUUUUAUUUACAUUUCAUUUUCAGUUUAAAAAUAGAAAAAAAUUUGAAAGUGUAAAUUGUUUGCAGUUAGGAGAUUGGUCAAAUCCAGCUGGUGGCAAAGCUGGUUUUCUCUGUUUUCACUCCUUUAAUCUCAGAAAUAUCUCAUGUCAGAAAAUUAUAAAGGAGUUUCAGACUCUAUAUCUACAGUUUCAGUUUUGAUUUUCUUAGACUAGUUUAGAUUUUCUUUCAACAGCUAGGAUUUUUGGAUCAAUCUGUAAGAUGAUAGGUUGUAUUUGUAUACAUAAAAUGUUAGUUUUAUAUUUGUAUAAUAUAUUUAUGAUAUAUGUAAAUUAUUACAGCAAUGAUGCAAUGCUUUGUGUAAUCAUUAUAUAUACAUAACCAGCAGUUUUUAGUCUUUUUAUAGCCUAAUGCUACAUUCAAGUGCCAUGUUUACUGUGUUUAUGAGAAAAUUGUAUUUGAAAAAAGAAAAUCCUUAAUGGUCCCUGGGUGUCUGGUUAUCAUAAUAAACAUUAUUACGAAGUUUGUACACUU